CGAAAGCCUUCCUGAGCUUCAGAAGCAGACAGCAGGACAGUCUCUAGACAUAUUUGCGUCAUGGCUGACAGGAACAGUUACCAUAUCAGACCUGCGACCUCUACGGACGAUGAGAGGGUGUUACGAUUGAUGAGGAGCUCCUUCUUCAGGGAUGAACCGCUUAACAUUGCAGUCGGACUGCUCGACGACGUCGAUACUUGUCCGGAGCUGGAACAAUUCUGUCUGGAGACGCUAUGUGACGGUUUGUCCCUGAUUGCUGAGUCGCCGGAUGGAGACGUGGUGGGUGCCUGCCUCAAUGGCUCCCUCGUGCCGGGUCAUGUUGACCAGAUGGAGGCAGAGGCUGAAAAUUGCCCCAACCCCAAGUUCCGCAAGAUCCUGAGGCUUCUGGCAUACUUGGAACGGCGAGCUGACGUGUUUGGCAAGUUUCCUGAAGUCGGCGAGCUGCUUGAGAUACGCAUCAUAGCUGUAGAUGCACUUUGGCGCGGGAAAGGCGUCGCGACUGCACUUCUCAAGCAAACCAAACAGGUAGCAUCUGAGCUGGGCUUCGCACUGAUCAAGGUGGACUGCACAAGCUAUUUCUCAGCUCUCGCCAUGAUGAAGCUGAAUGCACAGUGCGUGUUCUCCAUGAAGUAUGCCGACUACUGUUCCCCUGACAGUGACGAACCCGUGUUCAAACCGGAGCCCCCGCAUACUGGAGUCAAGACAUUCGUCCAGAUAGUGCCUCGAGAUGACAUCAACUAGAAAACGAAUAUAAAAGGAAGACUUCCUCAAUUAUGGGUUUACACAAAUAGAAUUGGAUCACAUGGACUAGGAAGACGGAAUCACAGAGGUCAAAUGCUUAUUGACUUUUGUGAACGAAAUGGAUUGAU